CCUGUCCCUCCUGCUUGUCUCUUUGCACAGAGCCCAGAAGCAAGAGCAGUUUCAGCCCUGGCUCCCUCUGCUCCUGGAGAGGGAAGCAAAGAGGGGGAAACUGAGCAAGAGGAGCAGAAGAGUAGAGCUGUGCUCACCGAAGAGGUGGAGCCAUCCCAGACAUGCAUCAAGGCAGAGACACAAGCAGAGUUGCCUGAAGCUCAGGAUAACAUUGUGGUAGUGAAGAGGAGGCACGAGGAAGACAUAAGAACCAUCCAAGAGAAGACAAGAGUUCAUCAGCAGAAGGGCAAUCAACAAAACCAGGAGAGUGAAAGAGUUGCAGCCACUCCAUUCACAAAACUUCCACUCUCUUGCUUUUUACAAUACAUCAAGGAAAAGCUGCAAUCCCGGCUGCAUGAAACCAAAGCUAAGUUCAACGCAAGGGAGAAGUUGAUGGAGGAAGAAAUGCAAACUAUCAGAGAGAAAUUUAGUCCCCUCCCUCAGACUCUACAGAAGCAAGUGGAAGUGUUGACAUCUCACCAGCCAGGUUGCGAAGGCAUCCAGCAAAUGAGUGGAGAUGAAGAGUCCCGAGGUGGAUGUGAGGCACAGGAACGGCCAAAAUCAGAGAAGGAGAGGGGUCAGCAUGUGUCAAAGAAGGUGCAGGAAAAGUGGACUCAGUGGGAGGAUGUAGAACAGUUGAACAAGGAAUUACAAGUGUGUCUGUAG